AUGCCUCCGUUGGGGGACCCAACCUGCAUAGAUGUUUUUGUGAACCAGGUUUGUCGGGAUUUAUCCAGCUUGAUAUCUCGUCAUGGUGGCUUCAAUUGCAGCAAAAGCGAGUACAAAGCUUUGCUGGACUUGGAGAAAAAGAAAAAUCUCAUCAUCAAACCCUUGGACAAGGGGGGGAACAUUGUGUUGAUGAACACCAAUGACUAUACCAACAUGUGUCAUACCUUGCUUGAUGAUAGGGACACAUAUGAAAAACUGAAGUGUGACCCCACCGUUGAAUACCAGAGGGAGUUAAUUGACAUAUUGCGAAUAGCAAAAAUUGAUGACCUUAUCUCUGGUAAAGACUGGAUCAAAGUCUCCCAAGGUCAUCUAAUUCCAUCUCCUUCUUAUGAAAUAGAAAGUAAUCAAUCCCAACUUAGCAAUAAUAGAAACGGGCAUAUUCUGGGUGAGAUGUCUGCAAAUUCGGAAUAUGGGAACGAUUUUGAAAAUAAUGCUAAUCUUUCUGUGCACAAUGAAAUUCAGAAAGAUGAACGUCGGAAAUCAAAUCUUGUUGAACAUCAGAAAACUCACAUAGGAGAGAAGCCAUUUUCAUGUUCGGAAUGUGGGAAAUGUUAUAGUGAUAAAUCAAGUCUUCUGAAACAUCAGAGAAUUCACACAGGAGAGAAGCCAUAUUCAUGUUCAGAAUGUGGGAAAUGUUUUAGUCGGAAAUCACAUCUUGUUGAACAUCAGAAAACUCACACAGGAGAGAAGCCAUUUUCAUGUUCGGAAUGUGGGAAGAGGUUUAGGAGUCAACAGCAACUUAAGAUACACCUGGGAACUCAUACUGGGGAGCAGCAAUAUUCAUGUUCAGAAUGUGGGAAAUGUUCUAGUGAUAAAUCAAGUUUUGUGAUACAUCAGAGAAUUCAUACAGGAGAGAAUCCAUAUUCAUGUUCAGAAUGUGGAAAGUGUUUUCGUCAGAAAUCACAUCUUGUGAGACAUCAGAAAACUCACACAGGGGAGAAGCCAUUUUCAUGUUUAGAAUGUGGGAAAUGUUUUAUUCAGAAAUCACAUCUUGUUGAACAUCAGAAAACUCACACAGGAGAGAAGCCAUUUUCAUGUUCGGAAUGUGGGAAAUGUUUUAGAAACAAAUCAAUUCUUGAGGUACAUCAGAGAAUUCACACCGGGGUUAAGCCAUUUUUAUGCCCUGAAUGUGGGAAAUAUUUUAAUCAUAAAUCAGAUCUUGUGAAUCAUAUGAGAAAUUACACUGCAUAUAAAUCAAAGUUUUUCAGGAUGCGUUUCGACCCGUCCAGCCGUCCUCAGCUGAUGGAACAGGAAGGCUGGACGGGCCGAAACUCAUCCUGA